CUCGAAUUUUGAUGUUGUUUUAUGUGUAAAGAUUGUUAAUACCUAUAAAACGUCUUCUUUUUUUUUUUCCAACAAUGUUUAAUCCUUUGGCAGUGAUUCAGAUUUUUUGGCGGAAGAAAAGUUCAGCUUUGCUUCUAUUUUAACAUAUAAAGAGAAAUAAAUACUUACAUUAAGUAGCAAACUUUGUCUGAUUUCUAUGGUUUAAUAUUCAUAUGCUUUUGUAUUUUUCUUAUUGUUGCUAUCACAUGGGCCAAGCUGGUCUAAUUUUCUAGUUCAGUUGUAUGUUUUGUAUUGCGAAAGAACUUAUUCUGACACCACUUUUUCUAUCACUGUUUGUAGAUUUGAUUUGAUUUUUAUUUCUAAGUAUACUGCCAAAGUUUGGGAUUUUUUCCCAGGUUUCUUGCAUCUGCUUAAUCUUAAAGCGAUAUUUUGUUCUUUUAUCUGUUUAAAACCCAGUGAUUCAUGUCUGUGCUAUGCUGCAAAUCUGUAAAUCUUUUACCUGUGAUCUACCUAUGCAACUCUUUAGAGAUCAAUCCAAUAUCUAAAGGCAGGGGAUGUACCAUUAAAUAUAGAUACAUAUUUUUGAAAUUUUUCUUUAAGUUAUCUCUAUGCACCUCUGCAACUAUUGGGAACGAGAACUUAGUGCAACAUUUAUUAGAUUAGAAGAGGUUUAAGUUUUUUCUGGCCCAGAAAAUUACCUGACUAUCUUUCACGUUUUUCUCUCUUAAUCCACAUGUACAUAGAUCAAAUUGGACACGGAGGUUUCUUAUCGCUAACUUUAACUUUUUUUAGGUUGAUGCUUACUUGAUUGAUAUAUGUUGACUUAUUAAUUGGAGUAGAAUGGAUAUAAAUGAUUCAUAUAGUAGAAUAAAACUAAUUUAGGAUUCAGGUUACUUGAUUGAUGUUUGUCCAACUUAUUCAUUACAAUGUACUAGACAAUUUGUUUUUGCAAUAACUCAUGUAAUUCAUAAGAAUGUGGCUGCAAGCUUACUGGGCAUCUCGUAUGUCUAACUUUUUUCCUUUUUUUCCCCUUAACCAUUCUCUGCAUAAUUUAGUGAUUCUAUUUUAGGUGUUAUUACUUUUUGGUCUUGUGACUUAUGUGUGCAAAUUUAUCAGAGGUCAAAUUUGUGUUGUUUGUCCUGGAAAUUUAUUAUCCAAAAUCCAAAAUGGAAAUGACACUGUGUGGUUAUCCUGGUGGAUAGUAGCUUUUAAAUCCGUCCAUCAGUGGUUGAACCGAUAAUGGAAUCAUUGUUGGUGAUGGACCAGGUGAAAGAAAGUCUGAAGAGAAGUAUCUGUAUAAGCUUCGGCAUGCGAGUCAAGAAAGAGUACAUCUCAGGAAUAAAAUGAGUUUAAACGAGAAGUUUGGGUUAUAGUCUUAUAUUUCUCGUCUUGUUUAUAGAGUUCGAGUACUGAUAGAUAGGAACAGCUAAAGAAGAAAACUAAUCAUAUCUUAGAUGAUCAACCUUGAUUGGCUUUGUGUAUAUCCUUAAAUUCGUUGGUUUCCUCAGGUAGUUUCUUUAGCUAGUUUGAGCAUAAGAUUGGGGAAAAUAAUAGUAAUGAAGUGACUUAAAUUUGAUUGAUGUCAUAAAAGGUGUUUCCAGGAGACCAUGAAAUAUUUGACCACUCGUACUAUAUGGGAAAAAAUGUAAUUUCUCACCAGUGAUAUCCUAGAGAUAAAAGCAUAACUAAGUCUGCGUGUAUGAGACAACUGAUAUGUUUUCUUUUCCUAUUUUUUGAUUAUUACUUUUUCUUUUAUCUUUGGGCUCUUUUGGUUCUUGGAUCUGUAGUGACGAUCAUGGUGAAAGUUAAUUCAAGGUAUAUCAUGUGCUGUUCCAAUCCCAAUAACAAAACUGGAGUCGGAUUCAAUUUAUUGGUUUUGCAAGAACAACUUUGUGUGUCAGAGACUUUUGAUUGCUAGAUAUUACCCUUCUUUUUAUUCUGAAGUACUUCACUUUCUGUGAAGAUGCUUAAGGUCCCUCCACAUCAAGUUGCAGGACACGAAGCGGUCAAUGGAAAGCUGGGGCCCCUCGUGGAUGAAUCGGGGCGCUUCUACAAGCCUUUGCAAGGCGAUGAACGAGGGUCCAAUGAGGUUGCAUUCUAUAUUUCAUUGUCUACUAAUAGUGGGAUCCCGGAACACAUCCAAAGAUUUUUCCCCACCUUUUAUGGCACUCAACUCAUAGAGGCAUCUGAUGGAUCUGGCUUGAAGCCUCACUUGGUCUUGGAAGAUCUUGCUCGAGGUCAAGUCAACCCGUCAAUUAUGGACGUUAAGAUUGGUUCAAGAACCUGGGCACCUGAAGCAUCCCAGAAAUACAUCGAGAAGUGCUUAAAAAAGGAUCGAGAAUCAUCAAGCCUUCCAUUAGGAUUCAGGAUAUCGGGGUUGCAAAUCUUUAGAAGCAAAGGAUUAGGGUUCUGGAAGCCGGGAAAGAAAGCUGCUCAGAAACUCUCUACAGAGGAAGUCAAGUUAGUCUUAAGAAGGUUUGUUUCCUCAAACACAUUAAAUGACUUGGAUCUGGAACCAGACUGCGCUCUCGCGUCAACUGUGUACGGCGGCUCCACUGGCAUUUUAUCUCAGUUAUUAGAGCUGAAAGCAUGGUUUGAGGAUCAAACUACAUACCACUUCUAUUCUUGCUCAAUUCUGGUGGUCUUUGAAAAAGAGCUGGCAUUGGAAGGAAGCAAUCCAGGUGCUCAAAUCAAGCUGAUUGACUUUGCUCAUGUUUACGAAGGACGUGGUGUCAUUGAUCAUAACUUCUUGGGGGGUCUCUGCUCAUUGAUAAAGUUCAUUUCUGAAAUUCUUACUGCUCCUAAUGAGUGCAAAACAGAAGUCUCUGCAAAAGAUGGUCAGAAGAAUCUUAUUAACACUGAUAAUGGCGUUGUCGCUGAUCAGGAGAACUUUGUUAACUCUGGUAAUGGCGUUGUCGCUGAUCAGGAGAACCUUAUUAACUCUGGUAAUGGUGUUGUCGCGGAUCAGAAGAACCUUACUAGCACUGAUAAUGGUGUUAGCUGAACCACUUACACACUUUGGAACCAUUUAGCAGCAUGGAUUCCAAUCACACAAUAAUUUUCCACUUACACACGUUUUUUAAGAUUUAUUUGAAGUGUAAAGAAAAGCAGCAACAUUUUUUAUUUGAUUGAUUUGAUGUUGCAAGCAUAAUUCUAUAAUCAUUCUUUGAGUGAUACUUUUUGCAUAUUUGAAAUUUUCAAGUGCCCAAAAUGAUUAAGUUAUUUAAUCAUGGGGAAGAUCAUAAGGAUGUUACAUGAAAGAUGGUUUGGGAUUGUUAUACAAAUAGCCGAUCAGAUUCAAUGUUUA